CAGAAGGCAUGUAAGUUGAAGUUCAAACCUGGCGGCUCCUGAUGGCACACUCAAGAGCUGAGCCACGAAGCUCACGGGCAAGGCCGUCCACAUUCGAGGAAGUAGACGUUGCGUGAUGCAACGUUGGGCCGGACCAAGAUUUCAGGCCGCGGCGGUUCUGGAGGUUUGUUAUGCGCGAUCAAGCUUGCCAUGUCGGACUCGAGCUGGUGGCGUGAUGCGCCCAUCUUGUCCAUGGCCUCCCAACAAGCGAGCUUGCCUCGCACUUCUUUCAAUUGGCCACAUUUGCUGGCGACGUUCCAGACUCAGAUGCAGGACUGGCAGAUCAAUGCGACAGGCACAGCCAGUUUUGCCGCCUAGCCAACAUGGAGCCAAAGGCGUUCAGCAAAUGGUGAUGCCCAAGGUGCCUGCCGAGUUGCCAGAAGGCACCAGUGGCGACAUGGCAGAACAGAUAAUGCUACCUCCAUUGCAGGUGCGACAAAAUGGUGACUCCAAUGGAAUCCCACCAUUGCCCUCCCUGCCGGAUCAAGGGCAGCAGGCCAGAGGCAUCCUCGAUGACAAUGAAAUGCAAUCACAGGAAGGUGCAAUCUACCAGGACAAUCGAGAGAGUGACCAGGCAGUAGAUUAUCUGGCAAUCAGGCUUCAAUCUCCAGCUGAAAUUCGAAACUUGGCCAAAGUCAAAGGAGAAAGCGGCAGAAAGGCAAAUGGACAAGUGUUGCACCCGUAUGGCCAGCAACUAGAGAGCGAACGGUGGGCACCAGUGCCAGACGGUCCGUAUUGUGAGCGGAUCUUUGGCGAAAGCAAGUCCUACAACAGGAGAGAAAAGACCGGCUACAUCGAGCUUGCCUGGCCUAGUGGGCAUGUGUGGUUCUCUGGAGAUGGCAAGCUAGGUAGAGCUGCGCAAAUGCUUGGGUGGAAGAAAAAACAUGUGGUGACCUUGCGCCAGUAUGUGAAUGAUGUGUUCUUGGGGGAGUGGGUUGCUCCUCGGCUUGGGCCUUUGUUGGUAGAUCCCGUGACCAAUUGCCCAAAGGUCCCUGGCAUUGGAAGUCCCGUGGCUGCAGCAUUUGCGCCGGCCUUGAGAAAGAUGACCUUCCGACAGAGUCAGCAGGAUGUGGAAGGAAAAAAUGCCAAGACACGUGACGAGGAAUCAGCACCUCUGUCUCGAGAGAACGACACCAUUGGAAAACUACUGAAGGUUGCCUGUCAGGAGCUGCCGGCUGAUGCUGCGUCGGUGAGAGACAAUGCGUACAGCGUGCUUGCUGCUGCGCAAUCUCCAUCAUGUGCGAAAAUCGAUGACUCGGUCAUUGCAGAGGCUGUGUGCCUUGGAAGACACUUGCGUGGCCUAGCGCAGCAAUUGGAGAGUGUCCUGAAUGAGGGUCUUCGCGGAUCAGGCUCGGCAGAAGCAUCGGGAAAGACUGAUCAGCUGAGGUCGGUUUUGGCCUCCACAGCGAUAGAGUUGAUGACUGAUGAGGGGCUCUCCAGAGAAGAAUCCAUUGGCCUUCUCCGUAUAGGGGUGUCGCCAGAAACAAACCUUGAAGCUUGGUGCGACCAGUUCCAAAGAGCAGCUCGAGAGGACUUCUACAAAGUGUGGAGGUCUUUGGCUGUGCCCAACUGCAGUGGUGAUUUGGAUGUGAUGUUGGAUGAAAUCCUUCAGGCGAUGAGUGGCGAGGUGAAGCUCGAAGAUGCGGCAAAGGCAGAGAGGGCUUGCCAAAAGCUGCUCAAAAAGUGCUUUGCUGCUCUUGAUUUGGCAGUAAGUGCCUUGACGUUUGAGCCUGUCAAACCAUCUACAACGCCAGAUUGCAGCAGAUUGAGUCGGUACUGGCCCAGAAAGCCUGAGCUGUGCUGGUAUGACCCAGCCAUGAUGCCAGUUGCAUUUCACUCGCAGGACGUCGAAAGGUUGGCAGAGAGCAAGCUGGAAUUUCAAGCACACCCACCAGACUCCACUGAAACUGCCUCAGGAAAGGAAGCAAAGAGCCAGGUUCCACUACGCCGAAGUGCGUGUGGCCUCACCACGCCGGACAAACAUAAGCAAGGAGCAUCCAGACAGACAAGGGAGAGGGCUGCAUCACGAUGGCACUUGCCUAUCCAGGUUGCAACUCGUCCAUGUCGGGCUGGUGGCUUGUUGCCUCUCCCCAGGGGAGAGGUGAUUGAAUCCAGCCCAACACUGUGGGCGAAGUUUGCUGCGACUCGGCCAAGGCCGAGUACGUUUGCCGCUCCCAUUCCGGGCAACAUGGAGGCUGAAGGAAGUCUCUACAUUGGAAGUGGUAGUGCAGCACUUCGCCAGGUCCUUUGCGAUAUUGAGCCCACUUCAACUCUUCAAAGAUUGGCGUGGGACAUCGACAGGCUUGACGAUGCGCGAAGGGCUAUCGAGAAGUCACCAGCCGGAAGGUUGAAUCUCACGUUGGCAAGCGUGGAGAAGCAGAACAGGCGACUCGGAGCGUCUGCUGAGUCCACGAGCGGAGCCCUUUUGGAAAGGCGAGAGUUCAUGGAGUCAGCAGCGAUCCCAAGCCUGGCUACAAGGGCUCCAACACUGCAGCAGAACACAAUUGUGUGCACACUGGUCAAGGCCGUGACAAAACAUCAGCUACCUGAGUGGUCUGUUCUCACCUCUUUUCCAGUCCUACCUCCAGACCUGAGAUUAGGCGUUGGAGAAGACCCCGAGGAACGACCAGAUGAUCUCAAUACCAUGUACCAGGAUGUGCUUGUGGCUGGGCGCGAUUUGGAGGUUGCUAUCGCAGAGAGGCACAGUGCUGGACUUUUGCGAUAUCGGAAGCUCUUGCUGCAAGCUGCAGUGGAUUCACUCAUAGACAAUGGUUGCCGGAUGAUCCGCGGUUGGAGUCACCAGAAGAGAAGUAAGGCUUUCUUCAACCAGUUGAAGCAGUCAAGCACCCUGUUUGCGAAGAGGAUUUCGGGUUAGACUCCGAGAAACGAUGAUGUCAGUGGAAAGGAGUUGAAGGCUGAAAAGGUGAUUUCCGCUCGAAAGGAAGAGAUCUCCAUCGUUGAGGACAUGGGAGUUUGGGAAGUCAUCCCUCGCCCCAAAGGCGAGAUAGUCGUCUCAACUUGUUGGGUUGACGUCAACAAGGGCGACGAGGAGAAAGAGAAGUACAGAAGCCGGUUGGGCGCCGUGAACUGAAAAAGAAGGCUGAGAACGAUUGGAGCACUUGGAGUGAUUUCUUUGCUUCGAUGCCACCCAUCGCAGCACUUCGAAUGUCGUUCACGCUUGCAAUCACACAGCAAAUUCCAGACAUGAAUGGCAAACUGAUCGCGAAACACGAGACACCUGCUUGUUUUCAUCGAUGUGAAGAAAGCACGCUUUUGGUCGCCAGCCAUGCAGGGGGCGAGUACUGGUGGAACCUCCACCAGAAGCAGGUUUAUGGUCCAGAUGUUGUUGGUUUGUUAAAGAAGAGCUUGUAUGGAACUCGCGACGCACCAGGAAAUUGGGAAGCAGCUAUUUGCGCGGUAAUGACAACUAUGCGCUUUGCGCGAGGAAAAUCAAACUCUUGUGGAUAUUAUCACCCAGAAAAGCAGAUUCGUGUAGAAGUUCAUGGUGAUGACUUUACUAGAGUAGGUUCCAAGUCCAACCUAGACUGGUUCGCUGAGGAGUUGAAGGAACAUUGGACGAUUGACGCUCGUGGUAUUCUUGGUCCCCCAGGAAUGGAAGGAGUCAAACAACCCAUUGUUUUUCUCAACCGCUAAAUCACUUGGACGAGUGCAGGAAUUGAACUAGAAGCAGAUCCACGACAUGUGGAGGGGUCUUGCAAGAAGUAGGAUGUGAAGGCGCAAAGGUCACAACGCCACUUGUGAAAGAGCGAACGGAGGAUGUCUAUGAGUCAGAACCUAUUAGCAGCGAAGAGGCGGGUCGUUAUCGCUCAGUGAGCAUGAGAUAGGCAUACCCUUCCCAAGAUCGUCCUGGUCUACUUGUUCUUGGAAAGGAGCUGACAAUAGGAUUGAAGAAUCAAACGCAAGCACAUAUGCAGAUGCUGAAGCAUGGAGCUCGCUAUUUGCGAUCACAUCCACGAUUGUUACACUUGUUUCCAAACCAGGCACAGUUCACCCAACUUGAUGUUUGGGUCGACGCAGAUCACGCUGGUUUUUUAAGAUCUCGUAAGAGUACAACUGGUACAGUUUUGCUUUUGGGAAAGUGCACGAUUCGCAAGACAUGCAGUUAUUGCACUCAACUCCGGAGAAGCUGAGUACUAUGGGUUAGUAUCUGGUUCGCGCCAAGCUCUUGGCGAACAGAGCUUAUUGGCAGACUGGAACAUGUUAGUAUCACAUGCUAUAUGGACGCAACAACAGGUUUUAGCAAUAGGCAGUCGACAUGGACUGGGAAAAGUCAAGCAUGUAGAUACAGUUUUCCUGUGGACACAACAACAAGUCCUUUCUGGGAAGAUUAAGCUUGCUCAGGGAUCUACCCUGGACAUGUUAGCAGAAAUAUUCACCAAGCCCUUAGAAAGCCAACGGAUGAAGACACUUCUCGAAAGAAUGCACUAAGCGCCCGCUUGCCUUGAAGGCGUGAAGUGCCACUCGGGGGCAUUGAGUCGUGGCUUAGCUAGGCAUCUCUUUUCACUUGCGUCUCGAGGGGACACGCGUUCAGGAGGCGUGUAGAGAUGUAGUCAUUUAGAGUCUUAGAGGGUUGCUAGCUUGUAAGGUAGCAUUGCUGCAUGUGGACAUGUGUAUGGUGUCCCGCAGCCCCUUUUCACUAGCUCCAUCAGCGGUCUAAAUGGCGAACUGUGAGCCCAGAGAGAAAGGGAAACCACUGCGUUUUAUUUGAUUGAAAAUGGUUCGCCUGGACAUAGCUCCACUCAACUUUCUUUGCAACGCAGUAUGCACAUAACUACAGUUGAACUUUUGCUGAGCAAACUUGUUUUUUUUCAAUUCUUCAUGUCGCCCCAUGUUUUCGUUUGUUGUCAUUUGCUUUGCAAGCCCGAGGCCAUCGGAGUUUUUCAAUGUCCUUCUUAGUGUGUUCUUGGUUUUGCCCUGACACUCCUGCCUCGCCUGAUCUUUGGGCCAGUACAG